UCUCUGGGCACUCUGGCUUUCCUCUCUUUCAAAACCUGGCACGUCCUUAAAUGACCCUAUCUGUUAAUAGGACGUAAAAUAAAACUAGAUCAAGCUAAACACUGUCAACAUCAACGUAUCUUUUGGAUUACAUGUUCCAAGAUAUUAAAUGUCUACACAAGUAUAUCACGAAAUAGUUCGAUGGGCGGUUACGAGUUCGAGUGAACGCCCAUCGAAAUAUCGAGUGUAAACGAGUCUAGGACAUUGAUUAAAUGGAUUGUAUUACGGUCCGUCAAUCAGCUGUCAUUAAAUUUUUAAAAGCCAAUCAAAAUUCAAAGGAAAAAUAAACAGAUCAUGAUACAUAUCAAUGUAUUUUACUAGUUAAAGGUAAUUAUCUCUUUCGCCUUAAUUACCGCUACAUAUUGUCGAGUAUUGUUUGUAUAAUAUUGCUUGUUUUACUGGGUAACAUAAACUAUUUAUUGUUUUAUCCAAGCUUCCGCUAAAUGUCGUCCAAGUAUUGUUUGUAUAAUACACGUAUUGCUGUAUUUUACUAGGUAACAUAAACUAUUUAUUAUGUUAUCCAAGCUUCCGCUAAAUGUCGUUUAAGUAUUGUUUGUAUAAUAUUGCUGUAUUUACUAGGUAACAUAAACUAUUUAUUAUUUUAUCCUAGCUGCCGCUAUAUGUUGUCUAAGUAUCGUUUGUGCAAUAACGGUUUCGUUAAUGGAUUAUUAUGGACAAUCUCGGAUGAAAGUCGAAAUGAAAGUAACUCAGAGAUCCAAUUUUGUCACUUUCAGGGAAAUCCGACUUCUUCCUAAAACGUUCUGGCUUCACAGCAUCGUGAUUAUGUCCUUCUACGCGUGUUAUCUGCCUUUGAUAGGAAAUGGUAGUAAAUACAUUCAAGACCGGUACGGUUACUCAAAGACAACAGCAUCCUACUAUAGCGGUGCUGUUUAUGACGUAUCCGUCCUCAUAUCGCCAGUAGCGGGGAUCAUUUUGAGGAAGAUAAAUGUCACCGGAAUCGUGAUGUCUUGCUGUGCUGUGUUGACAGUUCCAGUUUUCCCUCUAUUCUCUUAUUGUCCCGAGAUACAUCCACUUAUUCUGACAGUGUACCUGGGAAUAACAUACACCGUGUUUGCUAUAUGCCUUUGGCCUUCGGUAUCCGUUCUCGUGUCGUCGGAUGUAUUAGGCACAGCUCAGGGGAUUACCAUCUUUACUCAGGGAUUAGGGGUCGGACUGACUAACUUGGGAAUAGGAAAGAUCCUCGGCAGCACAGAAAGCUCUGACAAGACCGAGCAACUCGCCAACUACAGCAUCAUGUUCUGGGUCCUACUAGGUUUGUGUAUGGUAUCAGCGGGAUGUAGUAUUAUCGUCAACAUACUGGACAUAAAGCAGGACAAUUUGCUGAAUCCAGGACUUUCGUACUUCCCAAACAAGAAGCUUGAACUUAGUAUAAAUGAAAGGAGUUCCCUAAUUGAACAUUCGGCGUCUGAAUCAAUUACCGUUACCAAACACUCUGGUAACAAUGUCUCCAUUAGAUCUCAUAGUUACGGUUCGCCACCCUGACGUUUUCUAGUACAUGAAGGCUGAAGAUAUAACCAUCAACAUCUAAAAAAUGCAUAUAGUCAUCUUAUAUAUAAUAAUACUCUGGUUAACGUUACGGUGGGAAGGUUAUUUAAUUUAGUUUUUUAGGCAUUUUGUGUUUGUUGCAACUGAAAUAAAUAUUAGAAAA